UGAAUAUCGUUCUUUUAAUUCAAUUUGUCAAACGGAGGGAAGAUUCAUUCACCUUCGAAUUCCUGGAGCGCUAUUUUUGGAUCUGUAAAGUACCUGCGCUCCAAUGACCCCCCUGGUGCAGGGUAUAAAUUGCAAGGAAUUCAACGGGAUUUUCAUUCGGAUACCAGCCUUGAGAUCCGGAAUCUGAGCCAUUCAAACUCCACCUGGGAGAAGAUUCUGUAAGAUAGAGCAAGAGCAGUUGAUUCUGCCGGUGCAACUGGCCAAUAAUUUGAGCGGAUCAACAAAGGAGCCAGUGAGCUCGGGAAUUUCCGGGAUCUGGCGGAAAAACACGAAUUGGACCAGGUAGUGAGCAUCCAUCCUCCAGCACAGGCAAAGAGGGAGCGCAGCCUCUUCAAUAGCCACCACUUGCUGCGCACGGUCUUCCGCAGCUCCAGCUUCUCCCGCUGCCAGAGCCUGAGCGGUCAAUAGCCCUACCCUGUCCCAAGAUGAGAACUCUCCGGCUGCUCGCAGUCACUGUCAGCCUCCUGGUUUUGACAGAUGUCUUUUGCGAAGAGGUUUCCCGGAAUGAAGGCGUUUCUCUAUGGGACGAAAGCGACCACGGCCAGAACAAAGGACUGCAGCCGGAUUCCUUUCGGGAGCUCCUGAAGCGUGUGGCCAGGAAACCACGACCCGAGCAGUUCUUUGGCUUAAUGGGCAGGCGGUCAUUCGAAUACAAGCCACUGACUCGCAAAAGACAUAAGUUAGAGAAUUUUGUUGGACUUAUGGGAAAACGCUCUUCAACUGCUGAUUCCUCUUCUGAGUGGAAAACAGCACAAGACCUUGUCCAAAGACGUUAAUAACAAUAAUAAGGAAUUAUAUUGAAUGCCAUUUAUUUUAAUUUGCUAGCACAAGUGUCUAUAAUAUUAUAUCCCCACCUGUAUCAGUUGAUUGUUGAAAUAAAUAAUUGUUAUGACUUCCCCUAAUAGAAAUUAUUCUAUUUUAUUGCCGUAUUUACAAAUAUAUAAAGUGUAGUGAAUGUUGAGGCAGUGCCACAUAUUAUUCAACAAUGUAAUAAACAGAUUUUGAUAACA